AUGGACAGGUAUCUCUGGCUGUGUUUUAUACUUGCCGCAUGCUGGUUUGUAGUUGUUGAAAACACAGCAGAAUACCAGAUAGUUGAUCAAAGGGUACCUUGUCCCUAUUAUGGUCUUGAGAGCAAUCGAUUCACUAUGAGCAACGACGGACUCGUAAACUGUUCAUGGUAUGCACAGAAAACCUGCUGUAAGCGAACUGAAGUGACAUCUGUUUUCUCUAACAUGUUUUCCCUGUAUGGUGCCACGAAGAACUGCAAGAAUCACAUGAACUAUCUCAUGUGCUACUUCUGUGAUCCAGAACAGUACCGCUGGUACAAAAGUAAGGCCCAUGUGUGUGCAGACUUCUGCAGAGCUGUGUUUGAACACUGUCAGGAUGCAGAAUUUGAUGGCAAAAGUAUUGGAACAAACUACCGUAAUGGAACAGACUUCUGUGAGGCCCAGAACUUUCAUGUGGUGGAGGGCGAUAACUGUUUUGACUAUGAUCCUACAGUGUUUGGGCGGGCACAGAUUGCACAGAGAGGCAGCUUGGAAUUAUUAGCAGCUUCAAUCAUAGGGUUUCUUUUGAUUAUUCAAAAUUAAACUAGGGGACAAUAUUCCAAUCACUUCUCAUUUAUCAUCAGAUAGCUUGCACAGCAUGAGAGGUGGUAUCAAAUUAGUUUCUGUAAGAUGUGAGUACUAGUUUAAUGAUGGUGUAGUCUAAGAAAUAGAACCAUUUGUCAAACAAAAGUCCUGUAAAGUCUUGAACUAAUUAAGAAGUUAUAAUGUUGACAAUUUCAGUUUCAUGAUCACGGCUUCCAUUAGACCCCUAAUUAUCAAGAUUCAAACCACCUUUUCCUCCAAAUUUGGAAAAUCAAAACUAAAAUGACAUGGAAAUUGGGAGUCAAAGCAAGUUUUAGAAAGUCAACAACAUAGUAUUUAGGGUUACAUUGUGGAUGGAAGUUCUGAUUAAACUUUACAUUUGGAAUGAAAUGUCAUACUAAGCUCAUUACCGUAAAAACCCAUGUAAUGUCCGCAUCUGUGUAAUGUCUGCACCCCUUUUUUGACACAAAAAUCUGGGGAAAAAACCCACCUUCCAUGUAAUGUCCGCGGGUAAAAAUGCAAAUUGAAGCUGCCGAUUUCAUUUCACGUAAGCUAAUGUCGUAAUGGCCGAGAGCAUGUCGCAUUGUGUAUAACGUACAGGUGCCAUUCAAGAAUUCACUUAAUUGUUUAUAACAAUAGUUACUCUCCAUAAUGGUACAGUAAGCUUACCAGUAUGACAAGUCCUCAUUUCGAUAAUUGGUGUUUUGAUAAGGGUUAGCCCAGCAGUGUUAUAAACAGCUUGGGUUGUCUCCUCACCUCGAGUUUGAGUGAGUGACAGCGUGUGAUUAGCCAAUUAACGAUAACUAUACAGUAACAUGACCUGCCCACGUCCAAACCAACAUCAUCUUCAAAAGAAAGACAAUGCCAAAGGGAAACUUUCCUAGUGACAUACAUGUACGUGUCCAUGAGAAAGGAUGGAUGUCAGAAAAUACAAUGAAAGACUGGCUUAGGGUUGUGUGGGGAAGCCGUACCAACACCAGAGAGAAGUCGAUACUUGUGUCAUUUCCUCUAUAUCUCUGUAAUGUCCGCACCCCCUUUUUUGGAUUGAUUUUCGAUGAAAAAUAGUGCGGAUAUUACAUGGGUUUUUACGGUAUAUUGAUAAUUGUAAAUAAAUUAAGCAUGCUCGUAAUUACAUUUCUAACAUUGUUAACAAAUUAAGUCUACUGAUACUUGCUAAUUACAUUCCUACAUACUUUAUACAAAGCAUGAAAUUUUCAUUCAUGGUUGUUUUGUACAAAAUAUUCCUUACUCUACUAGCGAUCUAUCAGUUACAUUCUUGAAUACUGAUGACUUAAAGAUUUUUUAUAGUGUACUUUACCAAUUAAGGGCAUUAAUUAAUUAGGAGAUUAUUUAUUGAUCUUAAUCACUGUGAUAUGUCACUGAUAUUUAGAUAGCAGACAUAUAAGAUCAUGUAGCAAAUUUGAACCGUUUCAAUAGACAAAGACCUUGGUGUAAGAUUUAAUUCAUGCAUAGAUCACCUCAUUUAAAUUGACGAGAAAAUAAUCAAAAUUCAUUUCCUUGUAAGACCGGAAGACAAAGCAAAUGAUCACUUGUAAUUCAUUAGUUGACAUUUUUGGACAUACCUUCAUCAGAAUAGUGUAACAAUUCAAAACCAUAGGACUUGUGUAGUAAUGUUGAUGCCUCUACCUAGAAACUACACAUAUUGUAAACAUUAGACAUGAUAGAUAGUUCACAGGUUUUCGUGUUCUUUCAACUUAUGUAAGUUGUGUAUUGUGUUUUUUUCAAAAAGGAGACAUCAGUCAGUAACUGAUGUCAGCCAGUUACAUGCAGACACUUCAGCUUAGUCUACAGUCAAUGUAUAUCACAUUGUUUCUGUUAUUACUGUGUAGAUUCACGUAACAGAUGCAAAAUGUUUGUCUAUUAGCAAUAUGUAUACAAAAUUAUAUCAGUGUGCCUGGAGACAUCAGUGAAUGUAAUAUAUCAAGUUUAACUUAUUUUUUUGUAUUUUAUGACGUAAACAUAGUGUUAUCCAUGUAUAUCCAUCCCAUCCUGUUCUGAACCAAUGUUAUAUAUCAAGAACUUCUCAACAUAUUUGGUUCAUAUAUACUUCAUAGUAUUCCAUUCUGAUCUGACAGAGUUACUGCCCUUUAUUACUCUCUGUCAGUACUGUAGUGAUAAGCUUGAUAGCAGAUGGGAGCAGAGAAUGUAGUAUGCUUAUAUCAGUUAAUUGGUUAAGGUUAAAAUGUCAAAUGUGACAUUUGACCAUUUUUGAAAAUUAAUCAAACUAUGACACUGAUAAAUAAUGGUGUAUAACAUCUAUUUCUACAUUUAUCCAUAAAUAACUCCAGGAUCCAAAAAAUACAACCUAUAACUCAAAAAGGACAAUGUAGAUAGUACAGAGCACAGAUAUCAGAUAUUGUCCAUUUUAACUGAAACUUUAAUGGAUGUGUGUAUAGGUUGAUUUCCAAUCAUGGACUUAUUUUUGGAUACAUAGGAUAAAUAACACUCCAAGUGUAAAUGUUACCUUUUCAGUUUUUUCAUAUUUGUUUCAUAAUGCUAUUUAAGAGAGAUUGUAAUUAAUGCAGUUGUUUUGUUAUUUAAAAACAUGUUAUACAUUCUACACGGUUUUUGGUUACAUGUGUAGUGAUUGUUAGAUUUUUUUAUCAGAGAGUGAUUGUGAAAAAAUAGCAGCUUUUACUGUUAUUUACAAACAUGAUUGAUGAAUUCUGUUUGAGAUGUUUAAUGUAUUUUGUAUAUGCUAUUGUCUCAGUAUUAUAUAUAACAAGAUAUUACAAUAUCAUAGUGUUGUGUGACUAGACAUCUAAUCACAACAUCAUGUGUCCUCCUCAUUUCAGAGAAUGUAAAAAAUGGUAAGUUUAUAAAUCCUGUACUCACAAUGUCACAAAGUCCUUUAUUGUUAUAAUGUAAUUCAACAGGUUAACAUUCACAGCAUUUAAGUAACAUAUAGCUGUUCAUAUUCAUAACAUUUUUAAAAAGUUAAUACAAUACCAAAAAUAACUUUUUUACUUUAAAUUGAUUUAUUGUCCCAGCGUAUAAUUUUUGUCUCAUCAGGGUUUACAUAGUGGGGUUUGUUGAUGAAACAGACAACAUUUUUUCUACGGUACCACCUGAUCUUAUUCUCCUUAUACUAACAAGGAAUCUCCAUGUUUUUUACCUAACAAUUGAUACUAGUCGUAAAUGGCAAAGCAGAUCUUGACUAAAUUUGGAUAGAAGUAUCCCAAGGGAAAGGGAAACUAAAUUUGUAUGAGUGAUGGAUUUCAAUUCCAAGGGACCUGAGAAGUAGAGCCCAUAAUGGGAAAUUUUGAAAUCCAACUGCUCCUGUAAGAAGGAUUGGUUUUUUGCCAAAUUUGGUCUCAAGCAUUGUUGGGUGAAGGGGGAAUACAUUUUGCAUAAAUGAUGGGUCAUGGCCCCUUGGGGCAGGAGGAUCUUGGCAAAGUUUAGGAAAUAGAUACAAUUGUUUGAAAUCCUAAUCCUCUUGUAAAAAUUAUUGGAUUUGACUAAAUUUGGUCUGAAGCACUCUUCGGUGAAGUGAGAAUCAAUUUGGUAUAAACAAUUGGUCUUAGCCCCUACCAAGUAUUUGCAGAUACACAGUAUUUACUUUUUCUAAUUUAUGCCUUUUGACAGGGUAUUUUUUAUGUAGGGAAAAUUGACAGAUUCCAUUAUUAUUUAAACAAGUAAUGAUGUGUCUGUUCGAUGUUAGUUAAGGACAGAUAUAUGCCUCAUCUUUCCACCUUUAAAAGGUAUGUCUUCAUUGAUAAUGUAGUUUGUACCAAACAAGGAAGGAGAUUCUGACAAUAACAAUGCUUUAAUUGAACAUUAUUGUUGAAAAAACUCAUAUUUGUUGUCUUUAUUUUACACUUUUUGACUAAACCAUAAUUCUGAAUGUUGAUUGAUUGUAACAACAUCAAAUAUUAACCUUAAAAGUGCUUCGUGUUCAACCGUUCGUUAUGAUAGAAAUCAUUUAAGAUAUUGUCUCCAUUUUGUAUUACCAGAUCUGGAUAGUAGUUUAGAUCUAAACUUUGUUUCUUGUUAACAGUAGCAUAUAAAUCAGUGAUAUUUGAAUCAAAGUGAGGUAUUGUAGAUCUUACAUAGGAACAUCGACACUUUAACCUUUAUAAAUAUUGUGUAUAUCAUUGUCACCUGAAUUUUUAUUUACUUGGUAAGUUGGUUUUACAUCAGGUGUGUUUGUUAGUCUACAUAUACACCAAGUACAUUUAUUUGUAUUUGGUAAAAGUGUUUAAAAGUUUAAAUAAAUUAUGUUUUGUAGUUAUUUGACAUAUUUUUUAAUGCUGUUAAAAUCUGUCUUUAGUUUCAGUUUUGAUUGUUUUAAACUCUCUAUUAUACACUUGGUGUUAUUCAUCAAUAAUUUAAAAUAAUUCUUAAUAAUUUUGUGUUUUGGAAAUGUUUAUGACGAAUUCAUGGGAUAAUAUUGAUAUUCAAUAUUUGUUUUGUAGAUGUCUUUAGAACCAGACAAGGGUGAAUUAAAAACUUGUUAAACUACA